AUGCGGUAUUCUACGAUAAUACCCUCACUUCUGCUGGGGAUCUGUCUUCUACAGCUCGCCGCUGCGGCCGGAACGAUUUCUCAGCCUCGCGUCCAACGCCUCGAAGAUAUCCUGGCUGCCGAUUAUGAGCGUCUGAGCGGCCGGGUGCGUGACGUCAAGCGAUUUUUUGGCCUCGAUGGACUGCCACUAUUGACUGGAGGCGCUGAACACCCGUUCCACAUCGCCUACAGAUGGAUCCCCGAAAUCAUGAAGGAAUACAAAGAAAUCUUCAUUACUCGCUGUCCGACUGCAAUUAGCCCCGGAGAAGCAAAGAUUUGGGCUGAGCAUAAGGCAUUUGUGUUGGAUGCCUAUUUGAAAUGGGGUCGAGGAGAAUAUCUGUCAGCAGAAUUAUUUCCCUACGACAAGGUCGCCGCCUUUUUUGGACAGUUUCGCGACAUCUACGAUGCUAUGCUAGAUCAAGAGAGUUUCGAUGUAAACUCGCUGAACAUCACCGAACUCAAUAGAGGCUCCGCAAACGCUUCUUUUGAAGAGUUAUUCAAGCAAAUGGAGCACCAAUACUUUCGCGGGCCCGUGAAUGUCACGCAGCUCGAAGGAUGCUAUUGGAAAGUGUAUACCAUGCACACGGACCUCGAAUGGGAUGUACGGUAUCAACUAAUGACACGUAUCAAGAAUGAGUGGAAAGUUCUGGAAAAUGCGACACGACUCUACCAGAAUUUCACGGGGAUCAGCCGGGCAUCGGUGCUGGAGAGGCUGGAAAAGGAAUUGUGGGCAGUCGACCGCCAUGUUUUCUUGAAUUUGGAUGAGCCAUCAAGAACGGAAUCGAUGUGGCCCUCGGUGUAUCAACAAGAACUGCGAACCGCGUACCUGAUUGCCAGCACAACGCCAAGCUGGAAUCAAUACGUGGUCCGCGUGUCCAUCAUCAUCCCCAAUCGACCACUAUCAAUCUAUGAUAAAUCCCCCCAUUGUUCUUCCCAAAUCGACCCUGACGGGGUCCAUUUUUUGAUCAGCCGCCGACACCUUGGUCAUGGAGAAAACGAGACGGGGCCUGGGACCCUGACGGCAAUGCGCGGGUUUUGGGAGGAGGCUGAUGUGAAACUUCCGCAGAACGUCGAGGAAAUUUUCGGAAGCCCCGAAGCCCGAAAUAACCUGGACGGUUCAAUGGAAAAGCUUAGCAAGAAAUUGGGCGCAGAAGCGACGAACGGUGACGAGUUCCGCAGAUCAUCAAACAUGAUCCAGUGCCUAGCAGUCUCGAAAAGCCAUCCGAUCCCAUAUUCGGGCAGUUGCCCUCCGGCCCCGAUCUUCUAUCAGGGUUCCCGUUGGCCUCUUGCGAUGCGGUAUUCUUCCGGAAUACGAUCACUUCUGCUCGGGAUCUUCCUGCUACAAAUCGCCGCUGCCGUCGCCACGAUUUCUCAGCCGCGCGUCCAGCGUCUCCCGGAUAUCCUGUUCGCCGAUUAUGAGCGAGUGCGCGGACGCAUCCGUGACGUCGAGAGAUUUUUCGGACUGGAUGGGCGGCCGCAACUGAAAGGCAGAGAAGAACAUCCAUUCCAUAUUGCUUACAGAUGGAUCCCCGACAUCAUGAGAGAAUACAAGGAAAUCUUCGUUGAUCGCUGCCCAAAUCCAAUCACCGCCGAAGAAGCGAAGAUUUGGGUUGAGCAUAAAGAUUUUGUGUUGGAUGCUUAUCUGGAAUGGGGUCGAGGGGAAUACCCUACCGGACAGUUCUUUCCCGACAAGGAGGUCGACGGAUUUUUCAGGCAAUUUCGCGACAUCUAUGAGGCAAUGCCAAAUCAGGAGCUGUUCGACGUAAAGUCGUUGGACAUCGCCGAACUCAACAAGGGAUCCGCGGAGGCAUCUUUUGAGGAAUUAUUCAAGCUAAUGGAACGCCAGUACUUCCGUGGGCCAGUAAAUACCACGCAACUCGAAAGCUGCUAUUGGAAGAUCUACAUGAUGCACAACGACCUCAGGAUCACAGAGGAGAUAAGAUCCCGGAUCAAGAACGAAUGGCAGAUUUUGGAAGAUGCAACGCGACUCUAUGCGAAUUUCACCGGAAUCAGCCGUGCGCCGGAGCUGAAGAGGCUGAUAGAGGACAAAUGGACAGUCAUCGAUCACAUGUGGACUAUUUGCGAUCUGCAAUCAACCGCGGUUCGUUUUGCAGAGCCACGC